AUGGUUAAACCAUGGCCUUUUAAAGCCUGGGCACUUGAUGUUAUUGGUAAAAUCCAUCCGUCUUCAUUUAAACAUCAUUCAUUGAUUUUAGUGGCUACCGAUUAUUUUACCGAAUGGGUCGAGGCAGUUCCUUUGAAGAAUGUGACGCAAAAGGAAGUGAUUGAGUUCGUGCUCAAUCAUAUCAUUUACCGGUUUGGCAUUCCACAUACUCUCAUCACUAAUCAGGGUCUGGUGUUCACAAACGAGAAGUUUGUAGAAUUUUUGGCAAGUUUUCACGUGAAACUUCACCAUUCAUCACCUUACUAUCCACAGGCCAACAGUAAGAGUUCAUCUACAGGAUUUUCUCCUUAUCAGCUCACGUUUGGCCAGGAUGUGGUACUUCCAGCCGAACUCAACAUACACACCUUCCGAGUGGCUCACACUAAUAUGGACUACACGAAGGAGUAUCAGAAAAGUAUGAUGCAACAGCUGAAGACAGUGGAUACAGAACAUAUGGAAGCCUUGGAACAAAUGAUCCAACAGAAUGAGGUGCGGGCACGAUAUUAUAGGAGGAAGGUGUCUCUUCGAAAUUUUUUGGAAGGAGAUCUAGUAUGGAAAAAAAUAUUACCCACGUACAAGAAAGUUUAUCAGAUGGGUAAAUGGUCCCCGAAUUGGGAGGGGCCUUUCAUCAUUCACAGAAAGAUCGGGAACAGAGCUUUUAUUAUUAUGAAUCAGGAAGGGAAAUUAGUACAUGAAAAUAUUAACGCCAAGUAUCUGAAAAGUAACCAUUUCGGGUUCCUCGUCAAGGAGAUCUUCUAG